AAAAAUCUCACCCACAGGUUUCUCAAGAAGACAAGCAAGGGCAACAAAUCAACAGCAGCGCACGACGUGACGCACGACGCACCAAACGCACCCGCGCACAACCGUACCCCAAUCACAAGCAAGCGAGCAAGCAAGCGUUCAACCUUGCCUGACGGCGCAACGCGUACCGGUCGGUGAUGGUGUGGACUACAGCAGAUGCAGAGCUGUGGCUUGUGUUUGUUGUUUGUAUACUUGUGACCGCCGUCUCCGUUGCCCUCUUGUUUUGGUACAAGCUCCGCAAAUCCACCAGCGGCGUCGUUGAACUGGACGACGAGGUUGUGUUGGGGGAUCCAUCGCUUCGCAACCACUCCCGCAACAAAACCGCGCCAGCAGGCAACGGCAACGCCUAUCAGCAACAGCACCCGGCGGACGGUGAUCCAGCAGCACCGCUGCCACAACUACCGCGCAACAGCAGCAGGCGCAGCCAGGCCUGGACACUCGACGACGACAACAACGAGAACAGCGACAAGGGCGACAACGGCGCCAAAGUAGACGGCGACGGUACCAGCAGCGCCAACGGCAGCCACCACGCAGGGCUUUUGGUUGGCCCAGGAACCCCAACCCCACUCACGGUCCCCGCAAACGCCUCUGCCGGCACGCCGCACCGCACGCUUGUGGACGCGGGCGAAAGCGCCAACACCACCCUCAGCCAAUCACCGCCCCACCUGCAGCAGCAAGGCCGCGCCAGCUCCAGCCGCAGUGCACGCCUGUUCAGCCGACUCAGGGGCACAAGCAAGUCCGGAAGCACCACACCGCUGCAGACGCCGCGGGGAGCAGGGCGAGGCAGUGCAGGAGCCGCAGCAGACAUGCGCACCACGCGCCACCAUGCCUUUGACACGCCAGACCACCCGGGCAAGACCCUCCCGCAGCUGCUGCAGUCGACGGCCAUCGCAGCCGAGGACGUGCGCGUGACGAAGAAGGAGUCUCCACUGGACACGCAGUUCAUUGGGCGGUUCAGGCGGCCACGCGACCGCACACGUGCGCCGGGUGCCUUCCCCGUGGAGGCGCACAUCAUUGAGUUCUCGAAUGAUAAGCAGCGGGACCAGGAUCUCCUUGCAGGCUUUGCCACCAAGUAUGAAGGGUUUGUGUGCGAGUUUAUCCAGGCGUUUUACGGCCUGUGCCAGCCCGUGCCAGGCAAGACGUGGCUUCUCCUAGAGCGGCUGACCCCCGUGACGCUGCUGGGAGCGGCGCAGCAGUUGCAGCAGCAGCACCGCGAGCUUCUGCCGCACGAACACGUGCACUUUCUCAGCCAGGUCACCGCCGCCUUGCACUACCUGCACGGCAACAACAUCUGCCACGGGUACCUUCGUCUUGACCAGUGCCACAUCACGCCACAGAACACCAUCCGCCUCGCCAGCUUCGACGCCUUUCGCCGGCUCCAGCUCCCCUACACACACGACGACGACGUGUACAAUGCACCGGAGCUCAUCCAGGACCGCUCUGCCGUGGCCGACGCCGCGUGCGACGUGUGGUCGUUUGCUGUGCUGGCCUGGCAGCUCGCAGCGCCAACCACCCGCCCAUACGCAAAGAUAUCUGUGAGCCGGCUGCUGGCGCAUCUGCAGAGCGGCGGGCGGCUGGAGAAACCAGAUGGCAUGCAGGACGAGGUGUACGACCUACUGCUGUCGUGCUGGAGCAUUCGCGCCGCGGAUCGCCCGCCCAGCGAGGCCCUCCACAGACAGAUGCUUGACCUGCGGUAUCAGCACUCGGCGCCCACGCGCCAGCUCAAGGACCUCCUGCCAGCCCUCAAGCCGUCGCAUUCCUCCGUUGUGCUUGAUUACGGAGCACCCAUCACCCAGCGCAACAUGAGCGACGACGAUGACGACGAUGACAUUGGAGAGAUCAACCCAUAUGCCGUCGCCUCGAGCGUUCUCCCUGCGAGCGAUGGUUCAGCAGCCUUUGAUGAUGAUGAUGAUGAUGAUGAUGACGACGACGAUGAUGAUGAGAAGGACCCCAAUGCCGUCUACGCAACACCGGUGAAGCGCUCCGACCGCGCUGUCGUCACCUUUCCAAACCCGCCACCGCUGCCAUCGCGCUCGUACGAUCGCUCGAGCAUGCAGGAGCUGGUUGACCCCGUGGACGGAGCACCAUCAGCGUCCGCACCAGCGCAGAGGCCAACGACGAAACCAAAGCCGAAGCCGCGUCCAUCAAAGCAACGCGAACAACAGCAGCCGCAGUUACAUGCACCCUCAGCUUCAUCAACAGGUGCUGUCACACCACCACUGCAGCCAGCAUCACCGUCAUCAGCACCAGCACCAGCACAGGCGCCAACAUCGUCAUCGUCAACACGUGGACGGGAGCGGAAGCAGCAGGAGGACGAGGCAGAGGAGGAUGACAAGGCGCACCUGACUGCGCAGUGGUAUCUUGCAAACCACCAGAAGAAGGCAGCACAGAAUCUCAUGCGGCAAUCGGACAUGCAAGAUGGGACGUUCCUUGUGCGCCCGAGCAAGACUGGGGACUCGUUUGUUCUCCUCGUUGCCUUUGAGGGCACCAUCCACACAUACCGCAUCCACGUGGAGGAAGGUGCAACGCCUGACAAGUGUUGGUACUUCAUUAACAAAGCAAACAGCUUCCCCACCCUCUCUCGUCUCAUCGAAUUCUACAGGCAGCCAUCUCUCCCUGCGGGCACGAAGAAGCUGCGCACCCGUCUUCGGUUUCCGUGCCAGCGACCGGUGCAGGACAUGUCGUACACAUCCGAGCUUGCGUCGACGGAGCGGAGCUUGACGCGGCGACAGCGGAUGGGACUGAACGAUUUGGACGACUCGUACCCGCUCACAGAGCUGUAGCCAAUGAUGAUGAUGAUGAUGAUGAUGAUGAUGAUGAUGAUGAUGAUGAUGAUGAUGAUGAUGAUGGUGAUACUGUCUCUGUCGCUUUGUAGGGACUAUCUAAGAAUGACAUGUGGGUCUUAUUGUUUGUUUGCAUCUUCCUUGUGUGUUUUUUCUGUCUUGCAUCGUGUGCCCCUUGCUGCUUUUCCUUUAUCGCCCAACCUGUUUUCUGUUACAGUCGAGCAUGCAUCUCCUCUUGCCCCCCUGCCCCCCCCUCUCUCUGUGUCUCUGUCUCCACAUCUGUCCACGCUUGCCCCACCACAAACAACACACACGCACUCGCCCCCCUUCCUGUGUGCUUCUCUUUCUGGCUCUUUCAGCCCUGCAUCUCCCUUUGGUUUGCCUUGCUUUUCGGUCCAUUACUAGUUGAUAUUGAAGUGAACGCGACAGCCCUCAAGCA